CGGUUUGGCAAAGAAGAAUAUGGUCCCUGGGUUCCUUUUAUGGGGACUAUGUUUCUAUUUAUCUUUGUUUCUAACUGGGCAGGUGCUCUUUUUCCUUGGGGAAUUAUUAAAUUACCUCAUGGGGAAUUAGCCGCACCUACAAAUGAUAUUAAUACUACAGUAGCUCUAGCUUUUCUCACAUCGGUAGCUUAUUUUUAUGCAGGUUUUACAAAGAGGGGUUUAGGCUAUUUUGGUAAAUAUAUUCAACCAACCCCAAUACUUUUACCAAUUAACAUAUUAGAAGAUUUUACAAAACCUCUAUCAUCGACUUUUGGAAAUAUAUUAGCUGACGAAUUAGUAGUUGUCGUUCUUGUUUCCUUAGUACGUAUAGUGGUACCUAUACCUAUAAUGUUCCUAGGAUUAUUUACAAGUGGUAUUCAAGCUCUAAUCUUUGCAACUCUAGCUGCAACUUAUAUAGGCGAAUCCAUGGAGGAUCAUCAUUAA